AACGGUCCUGUCUCCUCAACUGCUUUGAACUCAAUACUCUCUCUGAGCUUCAAGCAACUCAGCUUCAGAACACAGAGUGCCUGUCGGGGGCCCAAGAGAGUGCUGGAUCCCCUGGAGUUGGAGUUACUCACAGUUGGGAGCCUCCUUCAGCACUCUGAGUGUCUGUAGAGGCCAGAAGAUUGCGUUGGAUCCUCGGGAGUUGGAGCUACAAGCAGCUGUGAGCUACCCUACCUGUGUACCUGUGUACAGGAAAGAAGACUUGAACUUUUGCAAGAGCAUCAAGUGCUCUUAACCGGAAAGAAUUUCAGCUGGGAAUCAGAAUGACUUCUGGGAAAAUGAGCAUCAGUGUUGAUCUGGAAACGGGCUAUGCUGAGCUGGUUCUCAAUGUUGGACCUAUCACUGCUGGAGAGAAGAACAGAAAGAAAAUGAAGAACAGUCACCUGAGAAAAAGGGAGAGUGAGACAGUCUCAGGAGCUGUGUGUGCUCUGCUGAACUCUGGAGGGGGCGUGGUCAAGGCCAAAAUUGAAGAUCAAAACUAUAGUCUUACCAGAGAUGGAAUAGGACUAGACCUGGAAAAUUCCUUCAGAAAUAUGCUUCCAGUUCUUCACAAACACCUAGACUACAUGAAGCCUGAAGGCUGCUUGUUAAUUUUUGUGAAAGCCUGGAUUCUGGGUAUCUCUGGUCAGCAUCUCAUCACCUUGAAAACCAAUUUGUACACAAGAGGUGUGUCUUCCUCAGUUGAAAUGAACGCCCCUGUUGCCCUGCAGUUCCUCAGAGACAGGAGGGAACAUGGAGGAAAGUCGGAUUCAAGAGGAAACUUUGCCUGUGAUGAAUGCCAAGACUGUCCUGCCACUUUUUUUAACAAGACAAAACUUACAUAUAAGGAUGCGUUCCCCUUUACUAAGUCCACCCAUCUAGAAGUUAAAUUCUGUCCUAAAAAAAACAGUUUAGAAUACAUUACAGAGAGUCUUCCUCAAAGUGUGUCUGCAUUUGCAAACACCAAUGGGGGGUAUUUGUUCUUUGGUAUAGAUGGGAAGAAUCAGCAGAUCAUUGGUUUUGAAGCAGAGGAGAGCGAUCUUGCGCAUCUAGAGAGUGAGAUAGCAAAGUGCAUCCGACAGCUGCCUGUCUAUCACUUCUGUGAGGAGAAGGAGGAGAUCAAGUACUUGUGCAGAUUCAUUGAAGUCCACGGCCCAGGAGGUGUUUGUUCAUAUGUCUGUGCGCUCAGAGUAGAGAGAUUCUGCUGUGCCGUGUUUGCUAAACAGCCUGAUUCCUGGCACGUGGAAGACAACUGUGUGAAGCCGUUUACCACGGAGGAAUGGGUCAAGCUCCAGAUGGAUGUCACACCAGGUUUUUCUGAACAAACAUCAAAAACGACCCUUCAAUCUCCCAGUCCACCAUGCAUUCCCAGUGGUUGGUCUGCUUGUGAUAACUCAGAAUGUCAGCCACAGACUGGACACCUUCCAGCAGUCUCCACAAAGCCGACAUGUAUUCCAGAAACCCUCUGCACAGAACUGUUCUCACAACACAGGGGACUUGAACAGUUAAUGCAGACAGAAAUGGGCUCUCUUCGUCAAGGAACACUGAUCUUCUCUAAGAGCUGGUCUGUGGAUCUGGGCUUGCAAGACAUCAAGGGUGUAAUCUGUAAUGUGUUUCAGAUUACUGAAGGCAGUCUACCAACCCUGUACUUCGUGGUCAGAGUAGGGGAGGAGUCGGAAGGUGAAUGCACUGUUCUGCAGGAACUAGGUGACGAGUUAAAGGAUUAUUCUAGACGAACUGCUCUCACUUUAAAGCAGAAGCUGGUGAGCCUUGGCGGCUACACUGAGAAAAUAGGAAUUAUGAUAAAGAUAUUGUACUGGGAUCAUAACAAAGUGCUUAAAUAUGAUUCAGACUCAAAAAUAAGGUACCCCGGGACCUAUUAUCUAACAACCAUUACAGUAAGACGCUUGCUGAAAGCUGUUUAUACAGUCUUAAGCAGUCGGAGUCUCUAAGCUAUAGCGAUCAGUUUGCCUCUGAAAUUCUCAACACAUAACACAUAAUCUGAUAGAUUACUUUCUUAAGAAAUAUAUAAGCAUGUUCAACUCUUUUCUAAGAUUUGUUUGAAAUUGACAAUAGGCUAUAACUACAACGAUAUUUUACGUUAUGUAAUGUUUUUUAAUUCUGUAAAAAUAUGCUUUUGAAAAGGUCCCAGGAAUUGAAAGCCAAUUUCUGGGAAAGCAAUUAGCCAUGGGGGAAGAUAAUGACAGAACUUUGCUUAAAAACUGUGUCACUGUCCUCAUGGUUGUUCCUUCCCACGGCAAGUUCCAGAUGCUUUUAGUGGGUUUAAGCCAUUCUUCCUACAGAGGUAGAGAAGAUACUGUUAAUUUCGAAGUAAUCACGUCCAUGGUGUGACCAGCAACAUUUCUGUCAUAGUGUUGCUGCUCAGGCCAUGAGUGAUAUUUUUGUUAAAAGCUGUGAUAUGUGAGUGCUGUGGAAGGCAUUUCCACACACAAAUCACAGAAGCGACUUACAGAAUGUGUGAAGAUUACCAGGACGAGGCUCAGAGUAGCAGAUAUUGGAUCUAGGAGAUUUUCAAAAACAACAGGGACACACAGACAAAGAAUGUAUAAAUUUCUACAAGGAGAGCCAUGUCUUAAAGACAAAACGUAGCUGUUAAACGUAAGACUUGAGAAGACAGUUAACAGCCAUGAGCUUCUGUCAGAUCCAGGAAUAAUGCUACGGCAGCUGAGCCCACACAGUGUACUGGGAUCUGCUCUGUCAUGGCUGAAUCUUCUGUUUUUAACAGUGUUUCCUUUGAAUUCUUGAUGCUAUAAUUUGAAAUUGUUGGUAACAUUUUGUUUACAAUUUGAUGUGCUAUAAAUUGCAUCUUCACAUUUUCUGUGCUACAGAUUAAAACCUGUAAGGGUGUUUACUGUGUUCUUUGUAUGAAUAUAUUGCGUAUUGACAUAAAAAUGUUGAAAUUUCCUCCAUAUAUGGAGAUGUCCUCUUUGUACAUCUGCGAUUAUGAAGGAUAAAAGUUGUCAACAUGUGCGUUUUUUGGUGAUUAUGCUUCCGGUGAUAACCUUUUCUGACUUUUGAUUGAUCUCAUCAAGAGCAGGUUGCCCUUCAUGAUGGUUCAGGUGACUGGGAUUCCCUGUAAGCUGGUUGCUCACAGUUCCUGGGCAUCAUAAGCCACAUUUCCUGUUUCAAUCUUUUUUUUAAAAUCAGUACCAUUUGUUUCAUCUUGUUCACUGCUCUACUUCUUUUUGAAUGCAAUUCACCUACUCAUAACUUUUGUUCAUGAAGUUGUCAAUAAUAUAUUUGGGUGGUUCUGCUUGCCAAAAUUAGAGUGCCAUUCUCUAUUUUGUUGUAUAAAGUCUAUUCAAUAUUCUGCUAUGUUUUUAGAUUUCUCUAAUAAAUACUCUUUUUCACAUA